UCUGGAUUCCAUACCUGACCAACAGACCAUGGCUGAACCCAACCCCCCCGAAAAGCCAGUGGCCCCAGCGGAGCCCGUCUCCAAGCCACCUCCAAAAGCUCCCAAGAAAGGAUGGUCAAAUCCUGCUUUGAGAAUGUUGGGAGUCCCACGAAUUUCAUUACCCUCCAGAAACUGGAUGAUCUUCUGGACCGUUUUGGGUAGUCUUGGAGGAGGAGUGGCCUACGAUAAGUACCAGCAGAGUCAAAUCAGAAAGAAGUGGAUGGAAGAAGUUAAAGUUUUGGGGGAACAGAUAUACUCGUCCGACAAAUUGCCUAGAAAGUUGACCAUCUACAUCGCCCCUCCACCCAACGACUUCCUUGAUUCUUCAUACAGAAUAUUCCGCAAGUUCGUCAAGCCUGUGUUGAACGCCAGUGCCUUGGACUAUGACAUUUUCACUGAGAACAGACAGGGAGAUAUCCGUGCCACUGUGGCAAAGAAGAUCAGAGAGAUGAGACUUGCCCAGCUCGAGAAGCAGAAGGCAGACGCAGAGGCCUUGAAGCAAAAGCAAUACAACAAGUCGUGGACCAAGUUCUUCAAGGAGGAUGUGCCUGCCUUCUUCACGAGAUCCAAGAAACAAAACGACGACGACGACCAUCUCGUAGCCAGAACCGAGUUGUACAGUGCCAAGGACGUGUUAGGAUUGUACCAGUACGUGGAUACCAUCGAACCCCACAGUGAGGACGAAUUCAAUGUCCAGACAGCUGGAGGAGUCAUCUGUAUCGGAAGAGGUGCGUACAAGGAAUACUUGACUGGAGUCCACGAAGGGCUCUUGGGACCAUUGGAGAAGCCACAGGAGUUGAUUGACGAAGAAAUACGAGUUGCUGAAGAGAAGCAGAAAAAGAGGGAGGAAGACGAAAAGAAUGGAGUCAAAACAAGCACCGACGACGACGACGACGAGGACGUAGAAGGAGGCAAGAAGAAAAAGGACCCCGUGACCAAGCCAUUUAUAACACCAGAACAGUACGCUGCUGCCCAGCUCGCUCCAGAAUUAGACUUGUCAAAGGUGGUCACCGACGACAACCACAUUCCAGUGUUGUUUGAACAGCCAGUUUAUGUGUACCCAGUGCCAAAUCUUUUGGGAUUCUUGACGAUCCCCAGAAAGAUCUACAGAUACUACACUACCAGAGAGUUGGCUGACGACUAUGGACACAGAACCACCGCCAUUUCGUUCAACAAAAUCAGGCCUUUUGAGUACAAGGACGUAUUCCAAGCCAAGGAAGAGGAGUUGGACUGGCCAAAGAAGUGGGUUGAAACUGGCAAGACCAAGAACUCCGAGUGGGUUCAGGAGUUGGCUGUGGACGAGCGUGUCACCAGUAGAAUGAGGGUAUACGAUCAUGAGUUGUAGAGCUACGGAGGGUUGUGGUAUUUAUUGAAGAUGUAAAUAGUGUAAAUAAACCACCAGACACGAUUAUGUGUGGAUU